AAGAACUGUUUUACGUUGACUAUUAUCUUACGUCCAUGUUGCACCAUUCCACUCUACAACGUCGGUUGAAUGUUCUUUUGAGCGAAUUUGAGCGAGCGCGAAAGCUAUGGAAUGAAUUAAACACUGAAGCAUUGAACACCGCCAAUUCUCUAGUUAAUACUCGAUUAGAAGAACGACUAAUAGAUUACACUGAAUGUUGGCCUCCCGAGCUCAACGAAUUUCCAAACUUGAAAGAAAGGUGCCGUAACAAAAUGAUUAACAAGUCGGCCGAAUUGGAAACACGUUUGCAGAGUAUAUUUGAAAAGAUG